AUGGCAAAGAUCUCCAAGUCCUUUGCUCACAUUUUUCUCAAGGCCGCUGAGAUUUUCUGCUGGUUUCUUGGAGUAGGUUUUCCCAUGUUUGUGCUAGUUCUUGCACUCACUAGCUUUGACUCCACCCAUGCAUCUUCCACAGCCCCCAGCCCUAGUCCUCCCUCCCAUGCUAGUACUUGCGACGUAGAUGCAUUGCAGCGCAACAUCUCCAUUCUCCUGCGUUAUCUAGUUAGCCUCAUACUAACCUCCUUGCUGCUGAUGGCGUUCGUCCGGGCUGUCGCCGAGGCGGCAUCCAAGGAUCACGAGCGCGUGGCCGCCAAGGAGGACGCGUACUACAAGGCCGCAUGGGAGGAGGUGGAGCGGGUCAAGAACGCGCUCCAAACCGCCGAGGAGAACAACCUCAAGCGGAUCGAUGAUGCGCCGGACAACCGUCUAGUCCCCGGCGUCGACCUACGGGAGGACGCCGUAGAAGACCAGGAUCCCGUCUCUCCAGAGAGGGAGGUGCAUACUCUCAAGGUCGAGUUGACGGACGCCACCGACAAGGCUCUGUUCGCACUGCCAAAGGAAGGUAUUGCUCGCCUUGAUGGGUGGUGGAAAAUCUUUGUGCGUGGGGCUUUUCUCUUGGCUGUGGGUUGCUCUUUCGGGGCCGCGGUGAUCGCGUCUUUGGCAUUCUACUCCUCCCUACAGAUAAAGCUGCAUUGCGUGAGGGGUCCUGCGGAGAUCUUCACCUUCGUGAUUGUGGGAGCUGUUUCAACAGCUGUGCAUGUCUUCUUUGCUUGGGUAGCCAUUAGCCAGGAUUGA